AUGUUUAAUAAAUGCCAAGUAAAAAGUAGUUGUCUGGAAGAAGGUAAUGAAACAAGAACAAGCAUAAAUAAAGAAAAUGAAAAACUAUAUGAGGAAACUCUAACAAAAGAAAAAGGAGAUUUAACAAAAAUUAUAGAAGGAGAACCAGAUCUUUCGAAAGCUGUUGAAAUAAGUCAGCGUACUGAGAGAGAAUAUGUGGCUAUAACUGCUUAUCAGCCAGUUGAUGUUGUAACCAGAACUGUUGAGGUACCCUUCGUUAGAACAAUAGAAACUACUAUUCCUAAAAUAACAUAUGAAAACAAAAUUAAAGAAAUUCCAAAAUAUUAUUCUAAAAUUGUUGAAAAGGUUGUUGAGGUUCCAGAAAUAAAAUAUGUUGACAAAAUUGUUGAUGUACCACAUAUUCAAUAUUACUUCAAAUAUAUUCCAAAAGUUGAAGUAAAAGAAAAUAUUAUUAAAAAACCAGUUUAUGAAAAAAAAAUUGUAGAAAAAAUUGUAGAAGUUCCUAAAAUAAAAGAAGUACAAAGAUAUCAAGAAGUGGAAACUGUGGAAUAUAUUGUAAAGUAUAUUCCGAAAGAUAAAAGUGAAUAUAAAGAAAAGGUAAAUGAGGAUCAGCAGCAAACUAAAGAUGUAAAUGAAAAUAAUCUAUAUGAAGAAUCUUCAGAUGUUGUUAAUAGUGAAAAUGAAACAAAAGAAAAAAAAGGAGAAUAUAAAGAAGAAUCUACCCAAAAUAUAGCAAGUGGUGAUUUAAAUACACCAACAGAUAAUAUCAAUGGAACAAGAUUAAUUAAAAGUGCUCCUAUCGACAUGAAUCAAGGAGAAUUUUUACAACAAAAUGCAAUAUAUAACAAAUAUGUUCCAUCUAUUAGUACUCCAGGGAUGAAUUCCAAUAUAUUUACUAAAUCUAUGCAAGAUUAUAGACAAACAAAAUCUGGUGCAUUCCCUUCUUUUGGUUUACAAAAUGAAUUAUCAAUGAUGCAACUAAAAAAAAGUAGUUCUAUAUUACCAGCACCAAGUAUUGAGCAAGUUUUUAGACCUAAAAUUGUCAAAAAUAUAGAAGUUCAAAAGCAUGUUCCUAUUUCUGUUGAUGUUCCAGUGCCAUAUAUGGUUCCCAAACCUGUAGUUGUUAAUAUAGAAAUUCCUGUUUUAAAAUUUAGAGACACAUUUGUGCCUAUCCCAGUCAGGAGAAAAAUAAUUCCAAAAAUAAGGUGGAUAUCUGAUAUUUACCAAGUAGUAUGUAUAAAAGAAAAACCAUAUCUGAAAAUACAAGAUGUUAUUAAACCAAUUCCAUGUGAUGUGGAUAUAAAAUAUAGAGAAUGUAUGGAAAAGGCAUGUGCAAUUAAUCCAAAUGAGUUACCACAAGAUGAUGUUCAUGCAAUGUGGAUGAAAGUUAAUGCUCAUCUAGCUGAUAAAAAAAAAAAGGAAUACGGAAAUCUAUAUCCAUAUUAUAGAACUAAUAAUGAAAAUAAAAAAGGAAUUUCCAGCCAAAUGGAGUAUAAUAGAAAUGAAGAAAGAGAAUAUUCCAAAGAGGAAUAUAUAAAUUUUAGAGAAGAAAAUGAAAACAGUAUAACAAUUAAAGAAAAUAGAGAAAAUGAAGAAAAUAAUAUACUUCAGGAAAACAAAGAAAAGGGAGAAUCAGAUGAGAACAUAAAAAAUGAAGAAAGAGGCGAAAAAGAAGAAGAAGAAGAAGAUGAAAACGAAGAAAAUAAAGAAAAAAAUGAAAUAGAAGAAAAUGAGGAAAAACAUAAUCAAGAAACCGAGGAAGGUAAUUCAAAUAUGAAAUCUGAUUCUGAAAAAAAUAUAAUUAAAAAUAAAAGUGAUGUGCACAAUGAAGAUGCAAAUAAUGAAAAUAAAAACAUACAAAAAGAUGAAAUAACUAAUAAAGAAUAUAAAAAAAAAAGAGAAAAUAAUGAAUCAAACAAUGCAGAUGAAAACAUUUUUGAAAGUAGUGAAACAUUUAUGAAUGAAAUGAAAAAGGAAUAUUUUGAAGAACAUUCUGUUGGAUCUUUACAUCCAUCGCAUCCUCUAGCUAUGGCCUAUUUACAGAAUAAAUGGAUUGAAACUGACACACUAAGAACUCAUGAACUUUACACAAAUGAUUUUAUAAAAGCAAAUAUAUAUGCUAACUUUAAUACAAGAAAUGGAAAUAUUAAAAUGUCUCCUUUUAUGCGUGACAAAGAAUUUCUAAAAACAGCUAGUCCACUUAUGUCUGCUUUUAAACAAAAUAACAUAAGUAAUAUAGAAAGUUAUUAUAAUAAUGCCAUUUUUCAAAAUAUAAAUGAAGAAGCAAGUAAAUAUAAAAAUCACCAAUUUAAUGAAAUGGAAGAAAAAAAUGAAGCUACAGAAGUAAAAUUAUAUCAUAAAAUAAACAAUGUUAAAAAAGAAGACAGAGAUUCUACAAAUAAUAAAUGUUGUAAUUAUUUUUGCAAAAAAUGA